GUUUUCCUCCGGCCUCCUUUCGGGACUGCACAGGCGUCCAGAGGUGAAAGGUCACAGACAUGGCGCUGGCCGCCCGUCUCCUGCUUCUGCCCGGCCGGGCCACCCGACUCCGGACUCUCGGUGCUGCCGAGGUGAGGCUGUCGCUGUCUGAGUUUUGCUGCUUGUGCCGCCGCCGCCUGGGCUCAAGCGCGGCCGCGAUCCCUCGCUGUACUUGGGUCCUGUCGAGCCCGGCGCUGCGCCCCUGGGGCCCCCGGAGGCCGCUGCUCCGCCGGGCAGAGCUCCCUCCGUCCCUCGCUUCCUUACCCGCUGCUCCCAGCCGCAGCUACAGCACCGAGGAGCAGCCCCAGCAGCGCCAGAAAACCAGGAUGAUCAUUCUGGGCUUCUCCAACCCCAUCAACUGGGUCCGGACUCGAAUUUACGCCUUCCUUAUCUGGGCCUAUUUCGACAAGGACUUCAGCAUCGCUGAGUUCUCGGAGGGGGCGAAGCAGGCUUUUGCUCAUGUAUCUAAGUUGCUGUCACAGUGUAAAUUUGAUCUAUUGGAAGAACUUGUAACCAAAGAGGUAAAGUUUCCUUUUAAUUUAAAGGUCACCUCGCUGUCUGAUAACCGUAAAAGUGCCCUUGCUGCCGAGGUCGAUGACAUUGUCUACACGUCAGCAGGAGACAUCUCGAUCUACUAUGACGAGAAAGGAAGGAAGUUCGUUAACAUCCUGAUGUGCUUUUGGUAUCUGACUAGUGCCGACAUCCCCAGUGAGUCUUUAAGUGGAGCCAGUGUGUUCCAGGUGAAGCUGGGGGAUCAGAACAUGGAGACUAAACAGCUGCUUAGCGCCAGCUAUGAAUUUCAGAGAGAAUUCACACAGGGAGUAAAGCCCGACUGGACGAUUGCACGGAUCGAGCACUCGAAGCUGCUGGAAUAAUCUUUCUGGAAAAAAUCAGGGCGUGAACUCUUAAUAAUUGCUGUGGAAACUGAAGAAGAGAUGUUUCUGGAUCAUUUGAGUUUCACUUAAUUAAGUCUGUGGAUUACUUUUGUAUUUGGAAAUAUUUCUUGCAGUAUAUAGAAUGAUACAAUAAAGCAUUUUCCACAGA